AUGAAUGGCCAAGCUGCCUCUGCAAUCUUGACAUGCGAACAGGAUAUAUCAACUUGCAACAAGAGCUUUAAGUUGGUUGUCAAUGAGUACUUGAGCAAUAGUGAGCAGCUGCUGGAUUUCUGUUCCGCAUUGGAUAAGUUCGUGAAGUUAGCUCGGGAUGGUCAUUCAUAUACACAAUAUGUGGUUCAACAAUACUUUGAAAAUAAGAUGGAAACUGAGUACUGCCUGAAGAUUUUGGAGAAAUUGAAGAAUCUCAAGUCCUCUGAUGACAUCCAUGCUAAUUCUGCUGAAAGCUUGCACCAAAAGAUCAAAGGUUUGAUUGCGCAGUUUGAAAAACUAUGCAAGAAUUUGGAGCACGAAAUUUUUAAGAUUAAUGUAGAGAAGAAUCGUGUUGGUGCUCAGAAGAAACACACAAGUCUUGCAUAUAAGAGUGUUUCUGGGAUUGGUUUGGUAUUUGCAGGACUUGUAGGUGCGGAUUUCUUACCCGAUUUAGCAGACAUUGUUUUCGGUAUUGCAGAAAUUGCUUCUGAUGUUGCAGAUGCUGCUUCAUGUGCAGCUGAUGCUGCAACUCAUCCACAUAUUGAGUCAGUACAAGCAACAUCCUUAGAAUGUAUUAAUAAUCAUGAGACUGCUUCAAAGUAUGUUGUCAGGGCCGGGUUUACAGCAGUUUCUGCAGUACCUUUAAACUUAGGGCAUUCAUUAGUGAUGUCUCAUUAUGAUAAUAAACAAAAGGAUUUGGACAACAAGAAGAAGGACAUGGACGCAAUACGUAGAGAAAGUAGGUCAUCCAUUACGGAGUUGGACAACAUUAAGUUUCGCAUUAAUCAGGUGGUAAACGAGAUUGAUUCACUACUGGCCAAAACCAACACUGCAGUUAAAAUGAGUGACAUAGAUUUCUUAAUGAAGGAUAUGUUUGAACCUAUAUUUGGCAAGGCCCACGUAGCAGAUAGGUGGACCCGGCCCGCAAGGCCUAAUGAAGGACAAUGGCCAAUUAGCCGUGGCACAUUAAAUGUUUAUUGUCCAAUUGAUGACAAGAAAUAA